AAACACCAAUAGACACUUUUUUGUUAGUAUUUGGCACAAAUGUCAUUUAUUCUCAAGGAUGAGCUGAUUUAAUCACCUUUGCCCCAUUUUUGUGAACAUAAUAUUCUCACCGCUGCCUUAGGGAAGUUUUAUUAACAUGUGCUUUAUUUUGUGAACAAAGAACCAAAGCUCUCUCCCCCUCCAUACCUGUCCUCUCUGCUGUGAAAUGAAGUGUCUGUUGAUAUUCACAUGACGAGGAAAGAAACACAGAGACGGGUUCUCUUAUUUUAUAUCUCUCCUGUAAAUGUAUAAAUUUCGUUUUGAGGAUAAUCUACUCUCUCAAAUAUUCUCUGCCGCAGUUGCACAAAUCGAUGCAAGUGAAAAACCCUUUUGCUGAAAUGAUAGCUGCAUAUAAAUGAGCGUUAUAAUCAUUGCAAUCUCCAUAUUUGUGUGUGUGUCUGUGUUGAUCUGUGCACACACUGUGACCGUGCCCCCUGCUAACAAACACAUGUCCAUAUCAGUGUCUCUGAUGAGCUAAUCGAGCAGUCGGUGUGGCGACGGGAUCCCCGGCUGAGAUAUGGCCUUCUUCAAGAGCUUCCAGCAGAACCUCCCAUCUGUCAACAUUUCCUCCAUCCUGGACACGGUCACCAGCCGCGUGGACGACCUGGCCAACGCCGUCAGCGACGCCACGUACGCCGUCAGUGACCAGCUCACGGAGCAGGUCACAACCAUCAUCAACAAGGUGCAGGAGGACGAGGACGGAGAGAGCAACACGGGCAGCCAGGAGGUGGGGCAAACGUCGGCCGCACAGGAAGGCAAGGCCAGCAGUAAAAGCAUGUGGCAAAUGUCCAGAGACUCGGAAACUGGCAACACGGGCGCAAAGAGCAGCCAGGCCGGAGAUACUACGGAGGCAGAGAACGCGCAGAGCCAGCUGGAGUGGGAAUGGCGGGACGGAUGCUGGCGAGUUAAAAGGACAGAGGCCGAGUUAGCGGAGGAAGAGAAGAAGAAGAAAGAGGAGAAGGAGCUGCAGGAGAAGAGAGAGCAGCGGAGGAGGGAGAGGAGGGAGAAGCAGCUGGAGAAGGAGGCCAAGUCGCAGAAAAACAAAGAGGAAUGCCGAGACGCAGAGCAAGAGGACGCUGUGCAAAAAGAAAUCGAAAGUGACAACCUCGACAAGUCGACUGCUCAGGAAGGAGGCGACGACUGCGAUGAAACCCCUCAGUCGCAAAAGAAAGAGCUGAAAGAAGAGGGAAAAGAAGAAGGAGGAGGAGAAGAUGAAGAGAAAGAGGGCAGCCUCGAGAGAGAAGGAGACGAUGAGGAGGAGGAGGAGGAGGCAGAGCCAUCCAAAGCGUCCUCGACUGUAAAAAAGAAAAAGUCAGACAAGAAGAAGAGUAAAGGAGCAAAGAAUGGCUCCAAGAAAUCGCAGGACAGCUCAGAUGGGGAGAAAAAGAAGGAGAGAGGGAAGAAAGGGAAGAAGAAAAAGAAAGGGAACAAAGAAGGAGUUUUGUCAGACAGCGAGGAGGACAAGGGGCCCGAGGCGACGGCUCAGCAGAACACGACAGCGUCUGUGUGGAGUAACAACCGCAAGCAGUCCACUGAGAAGGGAGGAUACAGCAGUGAGGCCUCCAGUGAGCGGGCAGCAAACAGCAUCAAGAGAAUAAAGAACGACUCCUCCCUCAGCGAGCACCAGCCUCCUCCGUAUCAGGACGUCAGCUCUGCAACCCGUGUGUCUUCUCGGCCUCGUCCGGAGCGAGCGGUCAGGAGGGGGUCGUCCCAGCAGCACUGCGACAGCCCCCGCUCCAGUGAGGCCAGCGUGGACCAGGACACCGAGAGCUACCUCAACAAAGGCUGUGAGGAGGACAUACCCAGUGACAGCACGGCCGUGCUGGGACCGGAGGAUGGCUCUGGUCCUCAGCUCCCCUCAGCCUACGAGCCUGAGGCCCUCGGUAAGUACGGCACGCUGGACGUCGCCUUCGAGUACGACUCCGGCGAGCAGUGGUUGGCUGUCACGGUCACCGCUGCGACAGACAUUCCCGAACUCAAACAGACAGGAAACAUCGCGUGGCAGGUCCACCUGGUCCUGCUGCCCACCAAGAAGCAGCGGGCCAAGACGGGCGUGCAGAAGGGCCCCUGUCCUGUUUUCACUGAAACAUUCAAGUUCUCCAGGGUCGAACAGGAGACCCUGGGGGACUACGCUGUUCGAUUCCGCCUGUACAGCAUCCGCAGGAUGAAAAAAGAGAAGGUCCUGGGGGAGAAGGUGUUCUACCUGACGAAGCUCAACCUGCAGGGGAAGAUCGCUCUUCCUGUCACCCUGGAGCCAGGCUCUGAACUUACGGGCUGCGGCUCCAUGGUGAGCGUGUCUCGCAGUGCAGGAGCUGUGUCCUAUCGCUCCACGGAAGACUCCUCGCUGCCAGAGAUCCUCCUGGGUCUCAUUUACAACUCUGCCACGGGACAGCUAUCAGCGGAGGUCAUCCAGGGAAGCCACUUCAAAUCCACAGCGUCAGAUAAACCCGUCAAUGGUCUGUUUUGUUGUGUGAAACACUUUGUAGGGGGACAGCUUUAUAUCAUGAGAGACACCUACGUGAAGCUGACCAUGCUGGACUCCAAGGGCAAAGAGAUGUCCAAGUGUAAGACGGCCGUUUGCCGGGGACAGCCCAACCCCACCUACAAGGAGACGUUUGUGUUCCAGGUGGCGCUCUUCCAGCUGUCCGAGGUGUCGCUGGUGCUGACGGUGUUCUGCCGCCGGAGCACCAUGAGGCCCAGGGAGAGGGUGGGCUGGGUCUCCCUGGGCCUCAACAGCACCAGCGAGGAGCAGCAGGCCCACUGGGCAGAGAUGAGGGAGGCGGAGGGACAGCAGGUCUGCCACUGGCACACGCUGACGGACACAUAGGAGGAAGAGUGACUAAGACUGAACUUACAUUCCCUGCAGAGUUUUAAGGGAGCAAGAAGCACCUUUUCAAAUGUGUGAUGUGUGUGUGUGUGUGUGUGUGUGUGUGUGUGUGUUGCAGACAGGUGUGAGGACAGGCGUGGGUUCCCAGUCUUCGGUGCCAGAGACUGUGUGACUACCCUUUAAUCUGCCACUUUUUUCUCCAAGGCAGACAGGAGGAUUUUAUCGGAGGAGGCGUCAGCUCCAGCCUUUUUAUUGACAGUCGAAUGCAAACGACGGACUGAAAAGGAACGAGACUAGAAUCACUGAACCAACCCGAGAACAGCGGGGAAAAAAACCGAUUGUCUUCCAGUAAAUCUGCCUAAAGCAAAACCUGCAUGCUUACACCCAACUGUUUACAGGACAAUUUUUAGACUCUCUCAAACAUUUUUUUCUGUCUCUGAAUCUUGGACCAAAGAGCUCGGUCCAGGACCAGCGGACUCCUCCCCGAUUCUCCUGGGCUUCUCUGGACUCCGGCUGCCACCAGCAUACCAGACAUUUCUCUAUCAGUCACAGCCAUUGACGGAGGAGGAGGAGGAGGCAAUGUGAAGACUGUUACAAAGGGCCUAAAACAUGCUGCAACUAUGCUUACAAGCUAUGCUUUGUACAGUUUGUUUACAUGCACAUGACAUUAUGCAAGAUCCAUUCGUUGGAGUCCCCUUUUUCUUUGUUUUUUAAAUGAUCAAAUAGUUUUUUUCUGUGUCUCUCUGUGGAAUGUUUUACAGCUUUUUUUUUUUUUUUUUAUUGUUGUCUUGCAUAUUUCAGUACACUAUGCAUCUGACGCCACUAUAAAACGAGAGGAAUGAAAUCCUGUCUACAACUGGAUACAGCUCUGCAUGCCACCGGUAUCAAAGAGCAGCUUCCUUUCCUUGUAGAGUACAGAUUGAGCCUCUCUCACCAUUCAGCCUUCUGACAACUCAGCCAUGUUCAUUCAUGUAGAAACACGGUGCUUCCCGCUGAGGAGGAAUAUGCAACAGCCUUCGCAGUCCAACAAACCUGGACGUUUCAGCCUCGGCUGUGUUUCGCUGUUGAGUGAGUCGGAGUGGCAAAAAUACAUUUAUAGGACUAAAGGGUAAAUCGUAUUUUCUCAUUACAGUUGAAUGGAAGCUGUAUUAUUAAAUAAAGGCUCAAAUGAAUGCAAUAACAUGUCUGCAAGGGUGAGGAAUCUGGUUAUACUUCUGCUGUACUCAUCUGGAACAAUGCCAAUCUUUAACCCUUAUUAAAACUGAAACAUAUGAGUCAGAAAUCCCCCCACAACAAGCCUACUGCAGACCACGCAGCAACACCCAUGUUUUAGUACAAACUAUGAAACCCUUCUCUCUUUUUUGGCUGAAACUAAAGGGUGUGGGGUGCAUUUCUUUCUUUCCCCUUGUCCUACUACUGAUGUCACAGCUGAACACAAAGAUCAUGGUAAGGGCUGCUGCAACAACAUAUCGACACUUCAGUAUUUAGUUCAAAUGGAUUCAUUGUAAGAUGAGUGAGAGCAGAUGUCAUGCACUCCUGUCUGAUAGAUUAUUGGCUCUUGAUUGCAGAACAGUCACUAGAGUAGUUUUUUGAGUCAUGAGUUUGGCUUGCCAUUUUCUUUUUUGUCAGCACAAUUUGUGCAUAACCAGCAUUUAUAACUACUGAAGGAACAUUAUAGGCAACAUGUAAAAAAAAAAAAAAAAAAAAGUGUUAAACAAAAAAAAAAAAGCUAGGCUACUUAAAUUAGUCAUGUAGCUGAAUAAAGACUAGGCUAAAAAUGCUGUAGUGUCAUUAGCACACUAGAUGCUCAUUGAAGGUAACUUAUCUGCCUUUGUACAGCCAGUUAUUAUUUCUCGACAGGAAUCAGUCAUUUCCCGCAGCACUUUCUUGUAGCCUAGCAACAGUUUUACAGGAAAUAGUCGGCUCCAUAACGACCCAACGUACAUCGUCAAAUUGUCCUAUUAACACUUCUGUUUUCAAUAAAUCAAUCAAACAUGA